AUGCCUCAGAAACGACGCGCCAUAUGGAGCAGUGCAUCCGAAGACAGUAGCGACUCUGACUCUUCUCUCUCUGGAAAUGAGUCCUCACAUUCAUCUCCGACUCCGAUCAUCAAAAGUAAGGCGCAAAAGGCUUCUGAUAAAGGCAAACAGCCUCAGAAAAAGUUGUUGAAAAAACCAAAUAGGAGUCGUGAUAGCGAAAGGGACCAAUGCCUACACGUUGCACGUUGGAUUCCACGUGCAAUCGACAUGUAUGUUGUCCUCAAGGACACUUUUAGAAUCGGUAUCCUCCUUGAGCAGGAAGAAUCUGCCAAGGACGGAACUUUGAUGCUGCCAAGAAGGAGCGCCAGGAGACCCUUGAACAUGUAUGUACAAGAGCGUUCCUUGAGGACCUACAAAAGGAUCCUCACAAGCGCGCCCUACCUCCGCACCCUCAUUAAGGGAAACACAAAGAAGCAUCGAAAAGAGCUGGGACAUAUAUUAUCGGAGAUGCAGGACAUCAUUGGGCAAAUCCGCUCUGAAGACGCAAGUAAACUCAAGCCUUAUAUAGGGCGCUAUGCGGCCCUAGAUGCUGUAAACCACCCACUGACACCCGCGGUUUACUCUGACAACCAGAAGUCGCGUGCUAUGAUGGGCGUGAAUCAUCCCCAACUCGCCACUAUGCUCUGUCCGAUCAAACACCUUGCAGCCUAUCGCGAGAAUCCCAAGAAGAUUCAGGGAGAGUUGCAAAGCGGCCAUAUCAAGAUGCAUGCAGCUGCAUGGCCCACAUUUGCAUAUGAGGGCGACUCACCUGGAGAAGAUUUCAAUCCGCUCGAUAUGCAGAAUGGCCUUUUCAAAGGCUAUCUUAUGAAAUGGGUCUUUCGGCACAUAUUCAAGGGCCCUUCCUCCGCUCUGGCCAAUGAUGGAGAGGUUGUUACAACUCGCUCUGGUAACGCAAAGCUUCACAACAUGCUGAAGGUGGAUGCUGAACAUGUGGCCUAUACAUUCAUUCAGUGCCGUUUCAGUAUUUCAUCGUGUGACAAAUGGCAAGCUAUGGACGAGCCGUUCGAUCAGACAUGGGCGGAUUCAUUACUUGAGUGGUGGAAUAUGUCUGUAUUUGGCGACAAGGCAGGUAUACCGGUCUUUGACGUUAGCGAUGAUGACGACGAGGAAGAAGAUGAUUUGAUCAGCAUGCGAAAACAGUUUGCAAGUCGCGCUGCUGAAGCGCGACUCAAGUCCGUAUCUUCAGAUGCACAAGGUAGUACCCUACCUUCCGAUCCUGGCUCCAACACAUCUGUGAUCAAUACAACUUCGACUCCUGCCACUACACCGCCUCCCAUUGAAGAACCUGCACCUGUCCCAGCAAAAGCCAUCCCCAAGCCGCGUCCUAUCAUACCAACUUCUCAGCAGCAGGUGGUGACCCCAAAUGUGGAUACUGAAGCUCUACCUCGCACCCUCCCUUUGGCACCCAUCCCAUCGGGUUCAGGUACUGGCAAUCCACUACCUCACACCCUCCCUUUGGCUCCUGUCCCAUCUGGUUCAGGCACUGGCACCCGAACGUCUAAGAAGCGUGGCAGGACUAAUGUGAUGGAGUCCGAUGAUGAGAGCUCACUGACAGAAAACGAUUCAGAUGUCCCUGCCCCAUCGAAGCGCACCAGGAAGGGCAAGGGCAAGGCUACCACCACCACCACCACCAGCAAGAGGAAGCACAAGGGCCGGAAGUAG